CUCCCCCCACCCCCAAUUGGACACCUGGAAAGAUGGCUAGAGGACAAAGACUUUGACUGGGGAAGUGGCCCCAGGCAGGAAAGGAGGAAUUCCAGCCUGUGUGUGGAAGAUUGGUGAGCUGUUUGUAUCAUCACGGUUUUACAUUCCACCUUUUGGUCCCAGGACAAUGAGGUGAUUCUGAAACCAGGAAUGACUCGGAAGAUAACAGCUACAGCUGCAAACAAUUACAGGUACGUGUGGUUGUCCUGAAUUACAGUCACACGCACACGUGGACACCUUGGGGAUCAGCAGAGAAGGGACAGGUUUUCUGCACCAUCCACUUGCCCACAUCUCUGUAGCUGCCUGAUCUGUGUUCAGAGGAGAUGGAAAAGGGAAAUCACUCGGAGGUGACUGAGUUCAUUCUCUCAGGACUGACAGAUCGUCCGGAGCUGCAGGUUCCCCUCUUUGUGGUGAUCCUACUGAUUUAUGGUGUCACCCUGGUGGGGAAUGGGGGGAUGAUCUUGUUAAUCAUGAGUGAUCCACAGCUCCACACCCCCAUGUACUUUUUCCUCAGUAUUUUGUCUUUCUGUGACCUCUGCUUUUCCUCAAUAAUUUCCCCUAAGUUGCUGCUGAAUUUCUUAGCGCAGAGGAAAAGCAUUUCUUACACUGCCUGCGCUGUGCAAAUGUGUCUCUCUAUCGCUUUUGCAGAUGCUGAGAGCCUCUUGCUGGCCCUGAUGGCAUAUGACCGUUAUGUGGCCAUCUGUAACCCACUGCUCUAUACGGUCACCAUGUCCAGGCAGCUUUGUAAACAGCUGGUGGCUGGGGCGUUUGCUGUGGGGAUGGUGGAUUCAGUGAUAUACACGAGUUUUAUAUUUCAGCUGUCAUUCUGCAGCUCCAACAUCGUCAGGCAUUUCUUCUGUGACAUCCCUGCACUGUUGGUGCUCUCCUGUUCUGACACCCGCAUCAAUGAGAUUGUGAUGUUUGUUUUCACCUGUCUCUUUACAGUAGGCAGUUUUGUGACUGUCCUCCUCUCCUAUGUCUAUAUCAUCUCCACCAUCCUGCAGAUCCGUUCCACCGAGGGCCAGCGCAAAGCCUUCUCCACCUGCUCUUUCCACUUGACUGUGGUGGUCCUGUUUUAUGGCACCCAAUUCUUCAUCUAUUUACGUCCCACCUCCAGCUAUUCCAUGGACACAGACAAAGUAGCCUCAGUGUUUUACACACUGGUGAUCCCCAUGUUGAACCCCCUCAUCUACAGCCUGAGGAACAAGGAGGUGAAGGACGCCGUGAGGAGAGCAAUGAAUAAACUCCUAACCAGUUCCUGAAUCUAUUUAACUCUGUACUGGUUUAGUGAUGGGGAGUGGAAACAGGUGAAUUCAAUUCCCAGCCCAUUGCAAUGUAAUUUACAGAGCCCUUUGGAGUAUUGUUUAUUAUUGUAUUUUUAUUAUUAUUAAUCUGUUUGUAUUCCAAGAAAGCCUGCAGGCCCCACCUAAAAUCAGGGCUUUAUUAGGUGAUUACCCCAGCAAAAUUCCAGGAGGCGCCUGUUUCACAUGUGUGAAUAUAUGUGAUGUGCUUCGAAAGCACAGACCUAUUUGUAUUG